CCCGAUUAUAUAGAAAAUAUAUACAUAAUUAUAAACAUUUGAUAAAAUUACAAGCUCACAAUACAAUGAUCAUUUGCUAGUAAGAAAGGCAUGGCUCGUGUUGUUUUAAAGUGUUUUCAUAUUUUUUUUCAGCGAGGCAUUUUAACUAACAGAAAUAUACUAUUUUCUUUUGUUUUAUUUUUCUCAACACAUUCAUUAAACUAUAUAUAUGCCAUAUAAAAUGUUAUAUGAAAUAUAAAGUGAGAAAGCAUAAUGGAUAUAAUAAUGAAGUGAAGGAGGUCAACACUCAACAAACUUGCCCAUGCUUAAAGCAAAUGUUAGUUUGGUUUGGUGAUUGCACACAAAAUUUGUGAUCCAUCCAGAGAGAGUUUUAAAGCAAAAGCAAUAAAGGCUACAAAAGCAAAGGAAAUCAAAGUCCAAAAAUAUCACACACACACACACACAAAGUAAUAUCAGUGCAAAAAGAAAAAAGACAAAAAAUCGAAAUGAAAAAUUUAGCAAAUAUGGGGAGUGGUGUAUCAGCAUCAGUGGAUGAGAACGAUGAUGAAGAUAUUUCAAAAUCAGCUUUUGCGUCAUUUCAAGCAAGAGAAGAAGAAAUCGAGAAAAUGAAAAUGCAAGUCAAGGAAAAAGUUGAAAUGAAAUUAGGCCAAGCUGAAGAACAAACCAGGCGCUUAGCUCAAGUUUGGGAAGAGCUUGAAGUUUUGACAGAUCCAAUGAGGAAAGAAGUAGCAUCGGUCCGAAAGAAGAUAGAUGUGGCUAACCGUGAGGUCAGAUCGCUCGGGCAAAGCUGCCAGAAGAAGGAGAAAGAGUAUAAAGAAGCAUUGGAUGCAUUUCAUCAAAAGAAUAACGAAAAAAACCAACUAACUGCCACGUUAGUUGAGUUGGUGAAAGAAAGUGAGAAUGUGAGGAUGAAGAAACUUGAGGAGCUCAGCAAGAACAUUGAUCCUUCAUGCUGAUUAUAUAUUGUUAUAUUAUUAUAUGGAUCCACUUACAAAAGUUUUUUUCUUUUUUUGUUUCAACUUUAAUGUUAUGUGUUGUAUGUUUGAUUAUGCUUUGCUUCUCAUAAAUGAUUCAUUUGUAAUUUUCAAUUACAGAAUUUUUCUUCAUAUAAUUACUUAUUCACAUAUCGUGCAAACAUGAAAACAUAAGCAAGUUAGAAUUCAAAUUGGGUUACAUGCAAGAAACAGCGUUUAUUAUAAAAUCCCACUUUUCUUUCUUCCUAUUACAACAUUCUACUUUAAAAAUCUACCCAAUUAUAGUAAUUUUCACUACUAUAAUUGUAUAUACUUUUCACAAUAUAAGUGGGUAUAUUUCAAAGUAUAUCGCUUUAGAAAAAAGAAAUGUCAAAAAGUAAAAUGUUGUAAUACAAAGAAAUAAAAGUAUGAUGCUAUAAUAACACACAAAUAAAUGAAAGUGCAUUGCUAUUUCUUGCAUUGAAAUCAAUUCACU